AUGCAGGACAAUGUGGCCUUAAAAGGAAUAGCAACACAAUCUUCUAUAUUUGGCAAUUUCUAUGCCAAGUAUGGUAUUGAUGGCAACAGAGCAUCUAGCCUCUACUCCUACUCAUGUACACACACAAAUGGUCUGUUAAACUCAUGGUGGAGGGUGGAUUUGUUGGCAGUGUAUGACAUUAGCUAUGUAAUCAUCACUAACCGAGGUGACGCCUAUUCUGAACGGAUGAAUGGUGCUGAGAUUCACAUUGGCAAGUCUUUAGUAAACAACGGCAACAACAACCCCAGAUGUGUCGUUAUUUCUACCAUUGCCGCUGGUGCCUCCGUCAACUACACCUGCAGUAUGAGGGGUCGUUAUGUGAACGUUAUCAUUCCCAACAUUUCCCAGUACCUCACACUCUGUGAAGUGGAAGUCUAUGGGUACAGGAAUCCCACCAGAGACAAUGUGGCCUUAAGAGGAAUAGCAACACAAUCUUCUUUAUUCAGCACAUAUGGUGCUUUCUUUGCUAUUGAUGGCAGCAGAGCAUCUAACUUUGUUUCCUCCUCAUGUGCACACACAAAUGGUCAGUAUAACGCAUGGUGGAGGGUGGAUUUGUUGGCAGUGUAUGAUAUCAGCAAUGUAAUCAUCACUAACAGAGGUGAUGCUGUUCCAACCCGGAUAAAUGGUGCUGAGAUUCACAUUGGCAACUCCUUAAUCAACAAUGGCAACAACAACCCCAGAUGUGUUGUUAUCUCUACCAUACCUGCUGGUGCCUCUGUAAGCUACAACUGCAAUAUGAGGGGUCGUUAUGUGAAUAUUAUCAUUCCCAAUAUUUUCCAGUACCUCACGCUUUGUGAAGUGGAAGUCUAUGGGACUCCAGUGCCUGUUACUAAGAAGACAUUUCUGAGAUUAAAGUUUAACAGCAGUGAGGAUCUAAACAAUCCUUCGACCAGGGACAAAGUUUUUGAAAAGUUGAAAUCUGCUAUUGUCCAGUCACCAGCAUUUCAGCUCCAUUGGACAAAAGAACCAGAACUGCAAACUAAAACUUAAAAUUGGGUGGCAAAAAUACAUCUUAAACACUGACAGUGAGAAGAAGAAGAUGUGGUCAAAUAACAAAAAGAACAUGUGUGAGGGUGUAGCAUAUGAAACAAAU